AUGGAGGCAAUGCGAGCUGAGGUGGAGGCACUUCGUGAGGAGCGGCAAAAAGAUCAUGACGAGUUAAUGAAAGAGCGAGAGGAGUGUGAGAGAUGUUACAAUGAGCUGUUGAAAGAGCGAGAGGAGCGCAUUCAAUUUUCCAAUGAGAUGUUGAAAGAGCGGGAGGAGGGACAAAAGGCAAGGGAGGAGACAAAUACAAAGGUCGAACAUCUUAAUAACAAUGUGUCUUCUUCGUCUUCUCAUUCCACAACCUGGAGCGGCACAGAAGAGAAACAGCUCUCAAACCUGGAAGUUUGGUUUCAGUGGCCAAAAGACAUUGUACGGAAAUUAGUAUCAGGGGAUCUAGACCUUGGUAUUGUGGGUCUUGAUACAGUUAGUGAAUAUGGGCAGGGGAAUGAAGAUCUAAUUCUUGUUCAUGAUGCACUUGAGUUUGGAGACUGCCGUUUAUCCUUGGCAAUACCCAAAUAUGGGAUUUUUGAGAAUGCAAACUCAAUGAAGGAGCUAGUGCAAAUGAGUCAAUGGACACCCGAGAAACCUCUGAGAGUUGCCACUGGUUUCACUUAUCUGGGUCCUAAAUUUAUGAAGGAAAAUGGAGUGAAGCAUGUUACUUUUUCAACUGCUGAUGGAGCAUUAGAGGCAGCUCCUGCGAUGGGAAUAGCUGAAGCUAUUGUGGACCUUGUGAGUCGUGGAACCACAUUGAGAGAGAACAAUUUAAAAGAAAUUGAAGGUGGAGUUAUAUUGCAAAGUCAGGCUGUCCUUGUUGCUAGCAAGAAGUCCUUGACCCAACGGAAAGGUGUAUUAGACAUCACACAUGAAAUUCUUGAAAGAUUGGAGGCACAUUUGAGGGCAAUUGGACAGUUCACGGUUACUGCAAACAUGAGGGGAAGCAGUCAAGAGGAGGUGGCGGAGCGAAUACUGAGCCAAACAUCAUUAUCGGGCUUGCAGGGGCCAACUAUAAGUCCUAUUUUUUGCCAACGUGUUGGGAGAGUAGCAUCAGAUUACUAUGCCAUAGUCAUAUGUGUGCCCAAAAAGUUGCUUUACAAGUCUGUCCAACAGCUGAGAGCACCUCAUAUGGAUUUUAUCUGGUUCCUCUUAAUUUUUGGUUCCAUUUCUUCUUUGGCCUUUUGA